UUUUAUUGUGCUACGAAUUGUGGACCGAACUGGUCGCGUUUUUUGCGUUUCUAAUUCCGAGUCCCGCGGGAGUUGCUUAUAUAUAUUUUGAUACAAGAACCGAUAAACAAGUACCGGCCGAUCCACAGGUCGCUAUAAGGCUAUAAAACUAUAGGCGGUUAUAAAUAAGCUCCAACAACGCGAUAAAAACAAUCACAAAGAUCUGUAUUCCACCACCGGUUAUCUGAGAAUUAGAAAAAACGCUUCAAAAUGACCUGGGGAUUUGUGACCUGCGGUCCCAACGAGGCACUGGUAGUUUCUGGAUGUUGCUACAUGAAGCCGCUUUUGGUGCCGGGAGGAAGGGCCUUCGUGUGGCCCACGAUCCAGCAGGUGCAGCGAAUUUCGCUGAACACCAUGACUCUCCAGGUUGAGAGUCCUUGCGUGUACACCAGCCAAGGAGUUCCGAUCUCCGUGACGGGAAUUGCCCAGGUGAAGGUCCAGGGACAGAACGAGGACAUGCUGCUCACUGCCUGUGAGCAGUUUUUGGGGAAAUCGGAGGCGGAGAUCAACCACAUUGCCUUGGUCACCCUGGAGGGACAUCAGCGGGCCAUUAUGGGAUCGAUGACCGUGGAGGAGAUCUACAAGGACCGCAAGAAGUUCAGCAAGCAGGUGUUCGAGGUGGCCUCCAGCGAUCUGGCCAACAUGGGGAUUACUGUCGUCUCCUACACCAUCAAGGAUUUGCGCGAUGAGGAGGGCGACUCAAAGGGCUACCUUAGGUCGCUGGGCAUGGCUCGCACGGCGGAGGUGAAGCGGGAUGCAAGGAUUGGCGAGGCGGAGGCCCGUGCCGAGGCGCACAUUAAGGAGGCCAUAGCCGAGGAGCAGCGCAUGGCUGCCAGGUUCUUGAACGACACCGACAUCGCCAAGGCCCAGCGCGACUUCGAGCUGAAGAAGGCCGCCUACGACGUGGAGGUGCAGACCAAGAAGGCCGAGGCCGAGAUGGCCUACGAGCUGCAGGCCGCCAAGACCAAGCAGCGCAUCAAGGAGGAGCAGAUGCAGGUCAAGGUGAUCGAGCGCACCCAGGAGAUCGCCGUGCAGGAGCAGGAGAUCAUGCGUCGCGAGCGGGAGCUGGAGGCCACCAUACGCCGUCCGGCCGAGGCCGAGAAGUUCCGCAUGGAGAAGCUGGCCGAGGCCAACAAGCAGCGCGUGGUCAUGGAGGCCGAGGCGGAGGCUGAAUCGAUCAAGAUCCGUGGCGAGGCCGAGGCUUUCGCCAUUUCGGCCAAGGCUAAGGCGGAGGCCGAGCAGAUGGCCCAGAAGGCGGAGGCCUACCGCGAGUACCGCGAGGCUGCCAUGGUGGAGAUGCUCCUGGACACGCUGCCCAAGGUGGCCGCCGAGGUGGCUGCUCCGUUGUCGCAGGCCAAGAAGAUCACGAUGGUGUCCAGCGGAAACGGGGAGAUCGGUGCCGCCAAGCUGACCGGCGAGGUCCUGUCGAUCGUGAACAAGGUGCCAGAGCUGGUCAAGAACAUAACCGGCGUGGACAUUGCUCGGUCUGUGCAUGCUGGCUAAAAAAGAACCCAAAAGAAAACCAAUAAAAAUCACACAAUUACUCUUCAAAAAAAUACAAAAAUAAAAACCAAAAAUGAACAAAAAAAAACCCCAAUCUUGAACGAUCGAAUACUUCAAAAACUGAAAUCGAACGCAUUUAAACUUUGUUUAUGUAACUAACGGCAUAAUUAAUAUACUUACGAAUCUUUGUGCUAACCCGACAAAUUUUGCAACAUGUUUUACACACACACUCAGAGAGAGGAGCAGAGAUAUUUUGUAUUCAAUGUAUAUGUAUUUAUAUAAGUGUAUUGCACAGAGCGUGGAAUAAAUAUUCUUCCUUGAAUCAAA